AUGCUGGACAAGGCCCUCCGCGGUGGGCUGAGACCCGCUCUCGUGGCGGAACUAACGGGAUCGAUCGGGACGGGCAAGACGCUGCUCGCCCUCCAGUGGGCAAUCCACAUCACGCGCGCCGGUGGUGAAGUUUUGUGGCUGUACAGCGGCCAAGACCCAGCGGUGGAGGCUCAGAUCCUGUCGGUUUUUGUGUCGCACAUCGAAGAAACCCCUACUAGAAUUCCAUCUUCCUUCUUCUUGAUGCCACUUCAAAGCGUCGAGAACUUUUUGCCGAAAACUCAACAUGGUGAAGGUAUUUAUAGCGCUAUCCGCCAGCACCUGCGGCUACACCCGCGCACUCAGCUUGUUGUUGUCGACCACUUCACACAGCUUGUGCAGCGAAGCUUUUCAGGGUUUAACCACCUUGGUGACCUCAUACAACGUCAAGCGACCGUGCACGCCGCACUUCAGGUCAUCAAGCAUCUUGCAACUGAGGGGAAUGUGUGUAUUCUGCUGCUCACACAAUGCACACCAAAUCUAGCCAGCAGGUCGUUGACUGUGGCACCCCUUGAAAUGUCUAUGAACAGCAGCAGUGGGAGCUUCGGGCCGAUCCUAUACCACGCCGUGAACGUCCGAAUGCACCUUCGCCGAAUUGUUGGAGAUAUGCGUGCCUACACUCACAUCCUCACUAUCACUAAGAGUUCUUUCUGCGCUACGGAGCAACUAAUCCUAAAGUUGUCGGCCAGUGGUGUGGAGGGGAUAACACCCAAAGAGGAGGGAGCGUCACAUUUAGAAGUAAUAGGUGAAACCUGUGCUGAGGAAGUGUUGGACAGUAUAGAUAUAUGGGACUACUCCUCAGUGCCUCAAUUUCUUUACAUUUGA